AGCUGACCCCUCCACGGUCGGUCCGGGGCGUGGACGGGGCCAGCGGGCCGCGGGACGCCUGCAGGAAGCAGCGCGGGAUGGACAGCAGGAUCCCGGCGGCCGCAUGUUGGGGAUUAUUGUCAUUCAAGGAUAUAUCUAUGGACUUCACCUUGGAAGAAUGGCAGUUACUGGAUUCUGCGCAGAAGUACCUGUACAGGGAUGUGAUACUGGAAAACUAUCGCAACCUGGUGUCUGUGGGGUAUCACGGUACCAAACCUGAUUUAAUCUUCAAGUUGGAGCAAGGAGAAGAGCCAUGGAUAAUAAAUGCCAGACUUUCUCGUCAGAGCUGUCCAGAAGGUCAGAAAGAAUGGUACCAGAAGAAUCAAGAUGAACUUGAAAGGGUUGAGAGAAACUAUGCUUGUAAUUCAUUUGGAAAACUUCAUCUGAGCAAAACUCACGUUUCUUCAAGACAAAGAGUCCAUAAGUAUAAUACACAUGGAAAAAGUUUGACACAAAACUCAGGUUUAACCAGAAGCUAUCUAAAAAAAAAUCCUGAUAAGUUUCAUGGAUAUGAACAAUCGUAUUUUCUUAAGCAUCAAAGAGCUCACAGUAUAGAAAAAAACUGUGUAUGUGGUGAAUGUGGGAAAGCUUUUCGUUGCAAAUCACAGCUCAUUGUACAUCUCAGAAUUCAUACAGGAGAGAGACCUUAUGAAUGCACUAAGUGUGAAAGAGCCUUCAGUGCCAAGUCAAACCUUAAUGCUCAUCAGAGAGUUCAUACCGGAGAAAAACCAUACUCAUGUAGUGAAUGUGGAAAAGUCUUCUCUUUCAGGUCACAGCUCAUUGUCCAUCAGGAAAUUCACACAGGAGGGAAACCUUAUGGUUGCAAUGAAUGUGGGAAAGCCUACAGCUGGAAGUCACAGCUUAUUUUACACCAGAGAAGUCACACAGGAGUGAAACCCUAUGAAUGUAGUGAAUGUGGAAAAGCCUUUAGUUUGAAGUCACCAUUUGUUGUACACCAGAGAACUCACACAGGAGUGAAACCCCAUAAAUGCAACGAGUGUGGGAAAGCCUUUAGAAGCAAGUCAUACCUUCUCGUUCAUGUCAGAAUGCAUACAGGAGAGAAACCCUAUCAAUGCAGUGACUGUGGGAAAGCCUUCAAUAUGAAGACACAGCUCAUUGUACAUCAGGGAAUUCACACAGGAAAUAAUCCUUAUCAAUGCAGUGAGUGUGGGAAGGCAUUUGGGAGGAAGGAACAGCUCACUGCACAUCUGAGAGCUCAUGCAGGAGAGAAACCCUAUGGAUGCAGUGAAUGUGGGAAGGCUUUCAGCAGCAAAUCAUACCUUGUCAUACACAGAAGAACACACACAGGAGAGAGGCCCUAUGAAUGUGGUUUCUGUGAGAGAGCGUUUUGUGGGAAGUCACAGCUAAUUAUACAUCAGAGAACUCACUCAACAGAGAAGCCCUAUGAAUGCAGUGAAUGUGAGAAGGCCUAUCCUAGGAAGGCAUCACUCCAGAUACACCAGAAAACUCAUUCAGGAGAGAAACCUUUUAAAUGUAAUGAGUGUGGGAAAGCCUUCACUCAGAAGUCAUCUCUCAGUGAACACCAAAGAGUUCAUACAGGAGAGAAACCAUGGAAAUGUUCUGAAUGUGGGAAAUCCUUCUGUUGGAAUUCAGGGCUCCGUAUACACCGAAAAACUCACAAAAAGAUCUCAGACUUGCUAAUCAUCUCACGCAAGGAACAGAAAAUGACCAUGUUGCAGGAGUCAAUCUUAUUUGAAGAUUUAUCUGUGGACUUCACCCAGAAGGAAUGGCAACUGCUGGACCCCUGUCAGAAGGACUUAUACAAGGACGUCAUGUUGGAGAACUAUAGCAGCCUAGUGGCACUAGGGUAUGAAUUUAUGAAACCUGAUGUCAUCUUCAAGUUGGAACGAGGAGAAGAGCCAUGGAUAGGAGAUGGAGGAAUUCCGAGUUCAGAUUCUCCAGAACAAGUCUUGCAAGUAAAUGGUGACAUGACGUGGCAUCGGGAUAACCAAGAAAAGCCUAAAAAUAUGAAACAAGAUUAUGAAUGUGAUGCAUUUGGAAAAAAUUUCAAUGUGAGCAUAAACUUUGUUCCUUUAAGGAAAUCAAGCAAUGAAGGUGAUGUAGAUGGAUUAAUUUUAAAACAUCAUUUAGACUUACUUCUUCCAAAAGCCGAUUAUGGAAAAAUGGAACCAAAUGACUUAAAUGUAUUUGAUAAAUUGUUUCUCCAUACCAAGCCUGAGGAAACUGAUACUUGGUUAAAAUACUAUGAGUGUGAUAAAUAUAACAUUAACUAUAAGAAGUCACAGAUUAUCAUAUAUCAUAGAACUCGUUUAGGGGAGAAACUUUAUGAAUGCAGUGAAUGUAGGAAACGCUUCAAUAAGAAAUCAAGUCUCAUUAAGCACCAGAGCAGACAUAUAAGAGACAUAGCCUAUGGCUGUGGUAAAUGUGGCAAAACUUUUCCCCAGAAGUCAGUGUUUAUUACACAUCACAGAACUCAUACAGGAGAAAAACCUUAUAAUUGUAGCCAGUGUGGAAAAGCCUUCUCCCAAAAGUCACAACUUACAUCCCAUCAGAGGACACACACAGGAGAGAAACCCUAUGAAUGUGGUGAAUGUGGGAAAGCCUUCUCCCGGAAGUCACAUCUAAUAUCACAUUGGAGGACACACACAGGAGAGAAACCCUAUGUUUGCAAUGAGUGUGGGAGGGCCUUUAGUGAAAAGUCAAAUCUUAUUAAUCAUCAGAGAAUUCACACAGGAGAGAAACCUUUUGAAUGCAGAGAAUGUAGGAAAGCCUUUAGCAGGAAGUCACAACUCGUUACACAUCACAGGACUCACACAGGAACAAAACCUUAUGGAUGCAGUGACUGUAGAAAGGCCUUCUUUGAGAAAUCUGAGCUCAUUAGACAUCAGACAAUUCAUACUGGAGAGAAACCUUAUGAAUGCAGUGAAUGUCAGAAAGCAUUCAGAGAGAGGUCAAGUCUCAUUAAUCAUCAGAGAACCCAUACAGGAGAGAAACCUCAUGGAUGCAUUCAGUGUGGAAAAGCCUUCUCCCAGAAGUCACAUCUGAUAUCGCAUCAGAUGACACACACAGGAGAGAAACCCUUCGUAUGCAGUAAAUGUGGAAGGGCCUUCAGCAGGAAAUCCCAGCUUGUUAGACAUCAGAGGACACACACAGGAGAAAAACCCUAUGAAUGUAGUGAAUGUGGGAAAGCUUUCAGUGAGAAAUUAAGCCUCACUAAUCACCAGAGAAUUCACACAGGAGAAAAACCCUAUGUGUGCAGUGAAUGUGGGAAAGCCUUUUGUCAGAAGUCACAUCUUAUAUCACAUCAGAGGACACACACAGGAGAGAAACCCUAUGAAUGCACUGAAUGUGGGAAAGCCUUUGGAGAGAAGUCAAGUCUUGCAACUCAUCAGAGAACUCACACGGGAGAAAAACCCUAUGAAUGCAGGGAUUGUGAAAAAGCCUUCGCCCAGAAGUCACAGCUCAAUACUCACCAGAGAAUUCACACAGGAGAGAAACCCUAUGAAUGCGGUCUUUGUAUGAAAGCUUUCUUUGAGAAGUCAGAGCUAAUUAGGCACCAGAGAACUCAUACAGGAGAAAAACCUUAUGAAUGCAGUGAAUGUAGAAAAGCCUUCAGGGAGAAAUCAAGUCUCAUCAAUCAUCACAGAAUACAUACAGGAGAAAAACCUUUUGAAUGCAAUGAAUGUGGCAAAGCCUUCUCUCGGAAAUCACACCUGAUACCUCAUCAGAGGACACAUACAGGAGAGAAACCAUACGGAUGCACAGAAUGUAGGAAGGCAUUCUCUCAGAAGUCACAGCUUGUUAAUCAUCAGAGAAUUCACACUGGAGAGAAACCUUAUCAAUGCAAUGAAUGUGGGAAAGCCUUCUCCCAAAAGUCACAGCUCAUUAAUCACCAGAGAACGCAUACAGUAAAGAAAUCAUAGACAUGGAGUUAAUAUUAGUCUUUGAGAAAGACCUUGCCUCAUUGUAUUUCAUAAAAUGCAUUAUGGUAAAUCAGAUAAGAUUCAUGCAUCACAUUAUAUGUCUGCUCUCUGGCGGUAGGAACUGUGAGGUUAUAUAGGGAGUUUCAGGAGAGUAACAAUUUUAUAUAUCAGCAUUCAUAGAGCCUAUGAAAUGCAGUGUGUUUUAAAAACCGUUCAAAUUAUAGUCAAACGUUAAACAGAAAAUUAACAGCAAAGAGAAUACUAUGAAUAUCAGAAAGCUUUCUGGAGGGCAAAUCUCAUUAGCUCUUAGAAAUAUUCCCACUGGGGAUGCAUCCUAGUCCAGUGAAUGAAGGGAACAUCCAUGAAUGUGGCAUUUGAGGUAAUGUUUUCAUCAAGAAAUUACAGCUCAUUGUACAUAAGAAAAUACCCUCAAAAAUGAAAUUAUAUGAAAAUACUAAAUAUGGGACAGCCUUUAGCAAGUAAUGCAACCACAUUGUAUUUUGGAGAAUUCAUAUUGUGAGUAAACCUAACAAAGACAUUGGAAAUAUGUGCCCCUAGAAAUAAUGCUAUAGACAUGGGUACCAAAAUUACCCCAUUCUACAUGGUUGACAGAUUUUCACUCAGAAGUAUGACAUUUAAAAUAUAUACGAAUAAACUGAAUCAUUGGAAAAAUCUAAGUAAUUUCUUAGUGGUAUUUAUGGCUUCCUUUCUUUUGUCACAAAUGUGUUCUGUAUUUUGAAACUGCAGAUGACAAUGUCAUUGGAGAUGCACAUGCCUUGUUCUGCCUCUGAUAGUCUGUCAAGACACCGCAUGCCACUAGCUCUUCUAUCUUACUGAUACUAUAAAAAUGGUAACUAACUCAUAUGUCUUACUGCUGAAUAGUAAUCACACCACAUCUCUUUUCACUGUUGGCAUAUAAAAGGGGUCUAUUGUUACUGACCUUUCUCUUCAGUUAUAUAAAGCCUUCUGUGUCCUCAAAAUCUGAGACACAGUUUAUAUAAAACCCAGUUAAUAAGUAUUCAAAGGCAGGAACCACAGAAUUGCAGUAGAAACUCAUGUUAUACUGAGCAUGCAAAAGCAAGGAGGUAUGUGAAGUAAAUUACUCAGCUUUCCAACAUAAUGGCAGUAGAGCUAUGCAAAACCUUUCCCUCAUUUAGUGAGAUGCCUCUGUGUAAAAUAGAUAUAAAGUGAAUCAAAGUUAAGAGCUGAUUCACUUAGUUUCGUGGUGCUCAGUAGUUACAUUGAGACAGAAUAGUUAAGGAGACAAAAUGGGAAGCCUCAUCCUCCUUUCCCACCUGGGUUGCUCCACUGACCUGGAGACAGUUCUCCGUGCCUGUCCAUCAUUUGAGUACCCUACCUUCCCUCUUACUAUUUUUUCGCCAACUUGAACUACUUGCAGUUCCUUGAAAUUUCUACAUUCUGUCGGAUGCUUUUUGCAA